UAAAAAUCUCUCUCUCUCUCUCUCUCUCUCUCUCUCUCUCUCGUGAGUUCGCAAAACUCACAACAAUUGGCAGGUGAUAUUGUCGUAACGCCUUCGGCCUUAAGCUGUCCAUCUGUACUCUACGCGGUCAUCUCUUUUCUUCUUUAUAAAAUCUCAACCCUUCACCACUUACACAAACUUCUCCCUCUCUCCUCUCUUCUCUCUUCUCUCUGUUUCUUGAUUUCCUCUGCUUUUCCUCUCUGUUUCUUGAUUUGCUCUGUUUUUCCUCUGUUUCUGUCUUUCCGGUUUAGUUGGUUUGUUCUGUACGAGAAAAAAAAAAAUCAAAUGGAAUCUACUGAACUACACGACAUGGAUUUCAUAUCAAAUCCUUUUACCUCCUUUUCUGAGCCAACGUUCUUCACUCCAACCACAAGCCCCGUCUCCGACGAACCGGAUUCACCAAAGGCACAGAACGAAGACGACGACGAGUACAUCACAGAGUUGACUCGUCAGAUGACAAACUAUAUGCUUCAAGACGAUGAAAAGCAUCAAAAGUCUCGUGGUGGUGGUGGCUCUGGCUCGCCGCAAUCAACUCUCUGGUCACCAUUUGCUUCUGGUUACAGCAGCCCAAUUGGUCCUUCCCGUGAACCAUCUCCGCCGCUAACUCCUACGGUUGAGACAAUCAUGACGAAGGUGGUCGAUACAAAACCUGUUACGAUCCCUUUUCAAUCUAAACAAGCUCUAAUCGAUGACCAGAUCCGAUCUAUUCAAGCAAACUUCCAUAAGAUCAAGAAGGAGAAAGAGAAAGAGAAGAAACGAAAGGAUGACGUUAUGAGGAACAAAGCAAGGAACUACCACAACCAGCUCCAGCAGCAGCAGCAGCAGCAGAGACCUAGGUCAGGCGUGAAGGCGGUGUUCGUUGACGGGUUGGGUUCAAGAACCGGGUCGGGUGGAACUGGAGUGUUCUUGCCACGUACUCAUGGAACUGUUGUCGAGUCACGCAAGAAAUCAGGAUGUUCAACAGUUAUAAUACCAGCAAGAGUAGUUGAAGCUUUGAAAGUUCACUUUGACAAAAUGGGUGUGCCUUCUACAUUCUCUUCUGAUAUCCCUCCUUUUCAUGAUGCUCUGUUGGUGUCUAUGAAGAACAAAAACAACAAAAGUAGUUCAUCAUCUCGGCCGGUACAAAGUGGAUCACCGUAUGUGGUGGAUAUGUCAGCCGAGAGCCACCAAGAACCACAAGCGGAUUUGCCACAGGAGUGGACGUACUGAUUAAACAUUGGCACAUGCUUCUUGGUUGCUGCAGUAAUAGGUUUUCAUAAGGUAGGGACUUCGGAUUGAAAAUCAUCUAGUGGAUCAAAAUAAAAAACUGUUUUCAAAAACCAUUAUUUUUAUUGGAAAUAUAUAGGUUUUAAAAAUUUGGUGAUUUUUUAUUACUGUGAUAAAUCAAUAAUUCUUGUGAUAAUAAGAACAAUAAAAUGUGCAUGUAUACAUAUUCAUAUAUAUCGCAUGUCCAUUGUAAAAAGGGUUUGUUUUUUUUUUUUUUGUAAGAUUCAAAAUUCCUUGUAAUAAAAGCAUUACGCAUCUCCCCAGUUUAAUAAAGAAAAAAAUAAAAGACUUUUA